UGAAUGUGCUGAACUGGAAGAAAUUUACUUGAAAGAAAAGUCCUUGGAAGCAGAGAACCUUAAACAGAAAUUGGCUGAGAUGGAUGGAGUGCUGUGUGUUGAGAUAAUGCCAUGCUUAGAGGGAUAUAAAAUAAUAACUGAUGGAAAUGUAAAAGAGUCUGUGAAGUGGACAAUAAAUAUUGACAGAGAGCUAUCAUUGAUAACAAAGCUCGAUUUUGAGGCAUUGGAAAAAUGCACAGCUUGCAUUGGUGGCAAUUCCUCAGACAUGUGCAAUCUGAAUGGAAGACAAAGAGCAAAGUUGGGAAGGAUCAUUGGUGUGAUGCUUUUAGAGUUGAUGUCAGACACCAAUCGAUAUCAGUUAACCACAACAUGCGACACUGAGUUGGUGAAAGAUCUUAUAAAUCAGGACAGAGAAUUCAAAGAUCGACAUGUGUUUGACUUCAAAAUUUGGGAUGGUACAUGUACAAAUGUGUCAUUUUCUGGUGAUGAGAUAAAUGAAGCAACAGCGUUGUUUGCCCCAAAGUGUGGAACAGUAGGAGGCUAUCUAAAAUUCACCUCUUCAACUGCAGAUGUCAGAUGGUUUUUCAUAACAUGUUACCAUCUAUUUCCAAUGUGUGAGGUUAACGAUCCUAUCUAUUUACUCGAUCAAGAUAAUAAAAAUUGGUGUGUAGGCCACCUAGCAUUACAAAUUUCUCCAUAUGACCCCAUUGAUGUUCUCAAUAACGAAGAGAGUGAAACAUACGACCUAGCCUUAGUAGAACUUAACCCAACAUUUGCUGGUAAAAUUGAAGAAGGUAACUGCAAAAAAUGUAUGCUGAGUACAACACUAGAAAGAGA